AUGGAGGAAGAAGAAAGACCGAGAAAGCUACAGAAGACGGAGCAUGAAGAUGGCAUUGAAUCGCAUUUGGCAGAGAAUGGCGAACCCAUGAUGUCCGGGGCAUUGAUAACUGGCGACGAGCCCGCUGUCGCAGACCAGCAAACUUCCAAGGAAACGAUCAAAUCGACGCCAACCGCCGAAAAACCCGAAGAGCAAUUUAAUGAUAACGAAAAGCAAGAAGGGGCAACAGGAGAACAUGGUACAGCGCAGGCAGUCCCUCUGUCGAAAAGACAACAAAAACGAAUGCUCAGACAGGCAAGGUGGGAUGAGCAAAAAGAAGAGCGCAAAAAACAACGAAAAGAGAAAAACAAACAGCGCAAGAUACGCAAAAGGGAGGAAUGGCAACACAUUAUAGAAGAAAAUGGAGGCAAUGUUCCUGAGAAAAAGCGAUCAGUUCUUGUCCCCAUGACAUUGGUGAUUGAUUGUGGAUGGGACCAUUUGAUGGAUGACCGGCAGCGGAUUUCACUCGGCUCGCAAAUCACACGAGCUUACUCGGAUAAUUCAAAGGCGCCUUAUAGGUCUCAUUUGGUGAUAUCUUCUUUUGACAAGUUGUUGAAAGAGCGUUUUGAUACAGUGCUUCGCAAAAUGCAUGAGAAUUGGAGGGGGAUCAAGUUUAUGCCAGAAGAUUUUGCGCAUGCAGCUGAGCAGGCUAAGGAAAGGAUGAAAGGAUCUCAUGGUGGGCAGCUGGCAGGUGUCUUCGCAGACAAAGGAGACUUUGCGCCUGAGGAUGGAGAAGUCAUCUACCUGAGCAGCGACAGUCCCAAUACGUUGACCGAGCUCAAGCCGUACAGCACAUAUAUAAUCGGUGGAUUGGUAGACAAGAACGUACAUAAAGGAGUCUGCUAUCAGAAAGCCAUAGAAAAGGGCAUGAAAACCGCAAAACUGCCCAUUGGAGAAUACCUGCGCAUGGCUUCGAGACCUGUCUUGGCGACCAAUCACGUUGCGGAAAUCAUGAUGCGAUGGUUAGAGCUUGGAGAUUGGGGUGAAGCCUUUUUGCAGGUCAUUCCUCAACGAAAGGGUGCCGAGAAAAGGGCUAGACCGGAUGACGAAGAGGACUCUGCUGAUGAAGAGGAGUCAGAGACAGCUGCCGCUAAUGCAGACAUGGCAUCGUCAGGCGAAGAGGACGGCGGUGAAGCCGAACAGCUUAAAGACGCCGCUGAGGCAGCAUGA